AUGUUGUCGCAGAAAGACAAAGGAGCAGAGCGGAGAAAACGGCAGGAGGAGGUGCAGAGGGCUGAGGAGCUUGGAGUUGAGGGGCCCAAGAAGAAGGUUCCCAAGACAAUUGAGAACACGAGGGAGAAGGAUGUCACCAUGAUCGCACCAGAGGAUGCAGACGUGGAAGCAGAUGAUGCAGAUGACGAAUUUGCAAGCUACUUCAAUCGGGAACAGUCGCCCAAUGUGCUUCUCACCACCAGCUACAGACCCAGCAAGCUCAUGUUCCAAUUCCUGGCAGAGAUGUUAGAGGUGCUGCCCUGUGCCACCUUCUACAAGCGCCAGGGGUUGGCUCUGAAGAAGAUAGUGAAGUAUGCUACGGCAAAGGGCUUCACGGAUGUGGCCGUGUUCAACGAGGACCGGAAGCAGGUCAAUGGCCUGCUGCUCAUACACCUGCCUGGCGGCCCCACCGCGCACUUCCGGAUAUCCAGCCUCAAGCUCUCAAAGGAAAUAAAGGGGCAUGGGCGGGCGGCGCACAUGAAGCCGGAGCUGAUCCUGAACCAUUUUGACACGCGGCUGGGCCACCGGCUGGGCCGCAUGCUGGCCUCGCUCUUCCACCAGGACCCCAACUUUAAGAGCCGCCAGGUUGCCACCUUCCACAAUCAGCGCGACUGCAUCUUCUUCAGGCAUCACCGGUACAUUUUCGAAGAGAAGAAGAAGGGGAAGGAGGAUGCUCCCCAGGUGGUAGCCCGCCUGCAGGAACUGGGGCCACGCUUCACCCUCAAACUGCAAAGCCUGCAGACUGGGACCUUUGACUCCAAGGAGGGUGAGUUUGAGUUCAUUUACAAGUCAAAGAUGCACCAGAACCGACGCCGAUUCUUCAUCUGA